AUGGAAUUUAAUGCACCGUUUGAGCUCUCAAUAAGUCGAACAACUGGGUUUCCAACAAUGCACGUGCCAGUUUCCGCGCAAAUUUGUAACCUGGGAAGUUUGGCAGAGUCAGAGGCUUACACCACACCUCUCACGUACAGUCCUGGGUUCAACGGUUUGCCCUCAUGCAACGCGGACCCUCGUCUUCUCUCAGGAAAUCAACACAGUUAUGUUGAGCGUGUCGGCGACCCACCCCCGGGAUUUAAACGAUACCCUCGUCUUCUCUCAGGAAAUCAACACAGUUAUGUUGAGCGUGUCGGCGACCCACCCCCGGGAUUUAAACGAUUGGACAUAUCGACGUCAUUGGUGUCUGGAGCGACAUCUACGGAUACCAAGGGGACCAAAAAACGCAAGAAGAAAGUCACUGAUCCCGAAACAGACAUAAACGAGGUGAAGCAACCAAAGAAGCGUGGACCAAAAAAGAAACCACUAACUAAAGAGCGGGAGGUCCGUUUGAAAACACGACGUGUGAGAGCUAACGCCCGAGAACGCAGUCGCAUGCAUGGUUUGAAUCAUGCACUUGAACUCCUUCGACGUCACGUGCCAACCUUUUCAGCAACUCAAAGAUUGAGUAAAAUUGAAACAUUGCGUCUGGCCAAAAAUUAUAUUCACGCCCUUUCGGAGUUGUUGCAGCGGAGUGAACCCCCGUCCCCUUUGGAAUUGGCCUUUACACUAACAGAAGGAUUGUCACAAAACACUUCGAAUCUGAUUGCGACCAAGUUACAAAUCAGUCCCAGAGCACUCAUUCAAUUUCAGCGAAAAUCCACAUUAACGAAUGAAUCAGUGUCUCAACAACACACAGUUGCCAAGGUAGAGUAUGCAGCAGGCGAAACAGAAACACGUCCAACAUCUCAAUUACCGCAAUCUCCUCUUCAAGAAAAUGGUCCCACUAUCAACGGAUGCUCGCUCAGUCCGCGUUCUGCAUACCAUACAAAGCAGUAUGAAAAUGCUACUGUACCAAAUGCCACUAUGUAUAACAAUGUUGAACAGCUCAGUUCAACUAACAGUCACUUCCCACUUCUAAGCCCUGUGAUACAACCCUCAUUUGAACCAAAUUCCUACGGAGAAGUACCAUACCAACCGAUUGACUCUCGUCUAUUUUCCUAUGAAUUUGCUCAACAGUUCGCCGCUCCUUCCACUCACUUCCUAUACAACCCUGCUCACAUGACUGAUCUUGUGUGCUGUUCAAGAUCUAACAGUAUCUCGAGCCACUGUUCCGAUUCCCUCUCACCGUUUCCCUCAAACUCCGAUUUAGUUAAGACAUCCAUUGGUCUUCCGAUUCCGGGCUAUCUGAUGCCUAAAGGACAAUAG